GCGGUUCUGUGGAGGAAGCAUCGGGCGCCAUUGUGGUGUGGAGAGAAGUUGGGAGGCCUGUGUGGUGUAGUAGCCGAGUCGGUGUUGCAGUGUGGUGUAAAAUCUUCUACAGGAUGGCAGUAGUGAUCCGCCUACAGGGGCUUCCUGGUAAUGCUGGUUCAGUUGAUAUUCGGCAUUUCUUCUCUAAACUGAAUAUCCCUGAUGGAGGUGUGCACAUUAUCGGUGGUAAACUUGGUGAAGCCUUCAUUAUAUUUUCAACAGAUGAAGAUGCCAGACGUGCUAUGGGUCGAACUGGUGGUAUUAUCAAGAAUUCACACGUUCAGCUUUUUCUCAGCAGCAAGACAGAAAUGCAAAAUACUUUGGAAUUGAGUCGUAGAGGUAGCAGAAAGCAUCCAGCAGUACCACCAGGUAAUAAUACAUUUGGUGCAAAGAAAGGGGUCAACCAAAAAAAAUUUGACAAAAGCAUCUCUGAACCUGGAGUGGACAACAGUGGUACAAAACACAAUGAAGCAUUUCCAACAAAGUAUGACAGGAGAGAAGUGAAAAUUUCCCAAAAUGCUGAUAGUGUUUAUGUAUUUUUGUAUGGGCUUCCAUACAGUGCAACAGAGGAAGAUAUCAGGAAGUUUUUUGCUGGCCUAGAUGUGGAUGAGGUCCUCUUUCAAUUGCGUCAAAAUGGGCUUAAAAGUGGAAAUGGCUAUGUGAAAUUUGGAAGUGCCAAGGAUGCAACUGCAGCCCUUAGUCGUGAUAAUGAAUAUAUUGGUGAAAGGUUUAUCUCUCUUAAGAAGACAUCUGAAGAGCAAUGGAUUGCUGAUGGUGGUCAUGUAGGUGGACCGCAUUCCAAACAACAAAGGAGACAAAGGUCAAGGUCCAGAUCACCACAAAAUCAGCAGUAUUAUAUACACUUGAAGAAUUUAUCAUAUAACGUGGAGAAGCAAAAUAUUAAGAAUUUUUUUGGGUUUGCUUGAUCUUCCUGAUUCACAAGUAAAGUUCUUGCUUGACAGGCACCAGAACAGAACAAGAGAAGGCUUUCUCAUGGUAAGAAGUGAGCGGCAAUAUGAAAAGUGCCUAGCUAUGAACAAAAGCAAUUUAACUGGUCGGCAAAUUAUUAUAAAUCCUAUUCCUCGAAAAGAAAUGUUGGAUAUGAUAGAAUCCUAUGAAAGUCGAUCUCCUCCUAAAGUGGAGAAUUUCUCUGCUGAUUAUCAAAGUAGAGACCAGUCUCCAGUUAAAAGAUGUGUAUACCUGAGGAAUUUUCCAUUUGAUGUAACCAAAGCUGAAGUUCUGAGAUUCUUGGCUGGAUUUCCUGUGCAUGAAGAUGAUGUUUUCUUGCUUUUUGACAGCAACGGAGUCGGGCUUGGGGAGGCAUUGGUGACGUUUUCCACUGAACAGCAAGCUUUUCUUGCUGAAAGUUUGAAUCGCCAACGAUUCUUAGAUACAGAAGUCCUUCUGAGACGUAUUUCUGAUGAACAGAUGAAGGAAUUUGGAGUUGUUAUUGAUAAACCAGUGGAAAAUGUUUUGGUCCAGUCACCAAUGUACAGAGAUGAGUACAGUUUACGUGAACCUGUUGAACGGACUUAUGCCUUGCAUGAUGAUUUGGCUUGUGCUCGUGGAGAUUUUAGACGUUCUCCAGAAAGGUUUCAAGGCUCCAACCCAUUGGAUUUUAUUGGUCGAGAUCAACUUGCUAGAAAGUUUGACAGGGGAGGUCAAGGUGACAUUGAUUACUAUCAUUCUUUACCAAUCCAUGGCCAAGAUUUUGAAGGCAAGCCAGCUGGUGGUCUUGUACGUUUGAAGAAUCUGCCAUACAAAGUCACUAGGGAAGAAAUUUUAGAUUUCUUCUAUGGUUACGAUGUUGCCCAUAAUUCAGUAAAAAUCAAGUAUAAGGAGAAUGGAAUGGCAUCAGGACUUGCCACAGUCUAUUUUAACAGCUAUGAUGAGGCCUUGGCUGCUGUUAAUGAACUUAACGACAGGCCCAUUGGAGCACGCAAAAUCGGUUUAUCUUUGACAAGAAGUUAA